UCAGCAGGGCUAUUCGGAGUCACCAGACCUGGAGUUUGAGUAUGCUGACACAGACAAGUGGGCUGCAGAGCUCUCCGAGCUUUACAGCUACACGGAAGGGCCAGAAUUCCUGAUGAAUCGAAAAUGCUUUGAGGAGGACUUCCGGAUCCAUGUGACAGACAAGAAGUGGACUGAGCUGGACACCAACCAGCACCGGACCCAUGCCAUGAGGCUCCUGGAUGGCUUGGAAGUCACUGCCAGGGAGAAGAGACUUAAGGUGGCUCGAGCAAUUCUCUAUGUUGCUCAAGGCACGUUUGGGGAGUGCAGCUCGGAGGCAGAGGUGCAGUCCUGGAUGCGCUACAACAUCUUUCUCCUCCUGGAGGUGGGCACGUUCAAUGCUCUGGUGGAGCUUCUGAACAUGGAAAUAGAACUCUGCUGUGUUCGCCCUGCAGUUCCCCGCUUGGCAGGAGGCCAGGCACAAGACUGACACAUGGGCUCAACCAGUGCCUGGCCUUGCCUGUGUUACCUUUGUCCAGUGGACAGCAACAGUGCCGCCUGCAGCAGUGCUGUGAGGAAGCCCGCCAUCUCCCUGGCUGACAGCACAGACCUCAGGGUCCUGCUCAACAUCAUGUACCUGAUAGUGGAGACCGUUCACCAGGAGUGUGAGGGUGACAAGGCUGAGUGGAGGACCAUGCGGCAGACCUUCAGAGCCGAACUGGGCUCGCCGCUGUACAACAGUGAGCCGUUUGCCAUCAUGCUGUUUGGGAUGGUGACCAAAUUUUGCAGUGGUCACGCCCCUCACUUCCCCAUGAAGAAAGUUCUCUUGCUGCUCUGGAAGACAGUAUUGUGCACGCUGGGCGGCUUUGAGGAGCUGCAGAGCAUGAAGGCUGAGAAGCGCAGCAUCCUGGGCCUCCCCCCACUUCCUGAGGACAGUAUCAAAGUGAUUCGCAACAUGAGGGCAGCCUCUCCACCAGCAUCUGCUUCAGACUUGAUUGAGCAGCAGCAGAAACGGGGCCGCCGAGAGCACAAGGCUCUGAUAAAGCAGGACAACCUAGAUGCCUUCAACGAGCGGGAUCCCUACAAGGCUGAUGACUCUCGAGAAGAGGAAGAGGAGAAUGAUGAUGACAACAGUCUGGAGGGGGAGACGUUCCCCCUGGAACGAGAUGAAGUGAUGCCUCCCCCACUACAGCACCCACAGACUGACAGGCUGACCUGCCCCAAAGGGCUCCCCUGGGCUCCCAAGGUCAGAGAGAAAGAUAUUGAGAUGUUCCUCGAGUCCAGCCGCAGCAAAUUUAUAGGUUACACACUAGGCAGUGACACGAACACGGUGGUGGGGCUGCCCAGGCCGAUCCACGAAAGCAUCAAGACUCUGAAACAGCACAAGUACACGUCGAUUGCAGAGGUCCAGGCGCAGAUGGAGGAGGAGUACCUCCGCUCCCCUCUCUCAGGGGGAGAAGAAGAAGUUGAGCAAGUCCCUGCAGAAACCCUCUACCAAGGCUUGCUCCCCAGCCUGCCUCAGUAUAUGAUUGCCCUCCUGAAGAUCCUGUUGGCUGCAGCACCCACCUCAAAAGCUAAAACAGACUCAAUCAACAUCCUAGCGGAUGUCUUGCCUGAGGAGAUGCCCACCACAGUGUUGCAGAGCAUGAAGCUGGGGGUGGACGUAAACCGCCACAAAGAGGUCAUUGUUAAGGCCAUUUCUGCUGUCCUGCUGCUGCUGCUCAAGCACUUUAAGUUGAACCAUGUCUACCAGUUUGAAUACAUGGCCCAGCACCUGGUGUUUGCCAACUGCAUUCCUUUGAUCCUAAAGUUCUUCAAUCAAAACAUCAUGUCCUACAUCACCGCUAAGAACAGCAUUUCUGUCCUGGAUUACCCUCACUGCGUGGUGCAUGAGCUGCCAGAGCUGACUGCGGAGAGUCUGGAAGCAGGUGACAGUAACCAGUUUUGCUGGAGGAACCUCUUUUCUUGUAUCAAUCUGCUUCGGAUCUUGAACAAGCUGACAAAGUGGAAGCAUUCAAGGACAAUGAUGCUGGUGGUGUUCAAGUCAGCCCCCAUCUUGAAGCGGGCCCUAAAGGUGAAACAAGCCAUGAUGCAGCUCUACGUGCUGAAGCUGCUCAAGGUACAGACCAAAUACUUGGGGCGGCAGUGGCGAAAGAGCAACAUGAAGACCAUGUCUGCCAUCUACCAGAAGGUGCGGCAUCGGCUCAAUGACGACUGGGCCUACGGCAACGAUCUUGAUGCCCGGCCUUGGGAUUUCCAGGCAGAGGAGUGUGCCCUCCGUGCCAACAUUGAACGCUUCAACGCCCGGCGCUAUGACCGGGCCCACAGCAACCCCGACUUCCUGCCAGUGGACAACUGCCUGCAGAGUGUCCUGGGCCAGCGGGUGGACCUCCCUGAGGACUUUCAGAUGAACUAUGACCUCUGGUUAGAAAGGGAGGUCUUCUCCAAGCCCAUUUCCUGGGAAGAGCUGCUGCAGUAAGGCUGUUGGUUAGGGGACUGAAACAGAGAGAGGAGGAUCUCAAGGUACCUGCAGGACUGUCCUAGUUCAUGGCUGCAGUGCUCCCAUUCCCCACCAGGUGGCAGCACAGCCCCACUGUGUCUUCUGCAGUCUGUCCUGGGCUUGGAUGAGCCCAGCUUUACCUCCUAUUGGUUCCCAGGGUCCAGCUCAGAAGCGGUCAUCUCUGCCUGGGAUCCAUUCUUCCUUUAUUUCUCCCACCCUCCUCUCUUGGACAUGGUUGGUUUUGGCUCAUUUCACAAUCAGCCCAAGGCUGGGAAAGCUGGAAUGGGAUGGGAACCCCUCCACAGCACAUCUAAAUUUCAGGGGUCAUGCUGAUGCCUCCUGAGACACACAAAUCCUUGCUUUGUCAGCUUGCAAAGGAGGAGAGUUUAGGAUUAGGGCCAGGGCCAAAAAAAAAUACAACGGUGUCUUGGUUGUGCUCUGGGGUGGGGGUGGGGGGUUUCUGUUGUUAUUCCAGCCUCCUGCUAUGUUAUAUGCAGAAUAAUUGCAGAGGCUCCUGCAGCUGCCUCAACACUUUGAUUCUGGACAGGGACAAGGUAGGAAGAGAAGCUUCCCUUAACCAGAGGGGCCAUUUUUCCUUUUGGCUUUGGAGGGCCUGUAAAUACCUAUAUAUAAUUCUGUGUGUAUUAUCCUGUGUCAUGUUGGGGUUUUUAAUGUGUUUGUGUAUUCUGUUUACAUUAAAAAUAAGCAAAAAU